GCAAUGAUUGUACUAUAGUUUGUUCUUGAUCCACCUGUCAUACAACAAAUCCAGAUUCCUAGAACAAAGAAACUUCCCUUUCCGAACGAACGAACGAACCAACCAAACGCAGUUCAUCCAUCAUCAUCCAUGGCUUCUCGCCGCCGUAUGCUAUUAAAAGUCAUCAUCCUCGGUGAUAGCGGGGUUGGCAAAACAUCACUCAUGAAUCAGUAUGUGAAUCGAAAGUUUAGUAAUCAGUAUAAGGCUACCAUUGGUGCUGAUUUCCUUACCAAGGAAGUUCAAUAUGAAGAUAGGUUGUUCACAUUGCAGAUCUGGGAUACUGCUGGUCAGGAGAGGUUUCAAAGUCUUGGCGUGGCUUUCUACAGAGGUGCAGAUUGCUGUGUCCUUGUUUAUGAUGUAAAUGUCAUGAAAUCAUUUGAAAACCUUAACCACUGGCGAGAAGAAUUCCUUAUUCAGGCCAGUCCAUCUGACCCUGAGAACUUCCCAUUUGUGGUGUUGGGAAACAAAGUAGAUGUUGAUGGCGGGAAUAGCCGAGUUGUUUCUGAGAAGAAAGCAAAGGCAUGGUGUGCUUCCAAGGGGAACAUACCAUACUUCGAGACCUCUGCAAAGGAAGGAUUUAAUGUUGAAGCUGCUUUUGAGUGUAUAACCAAAAAUGCUCUCAAGAAUGAACCUGAAGAAGAAUUAUACAUGCCUGAAACGAUUGAUGUUGGCGGUGGUGGACGGCAACAGAGGUCAACAGGCUGUGAAUGUUGAUAAGAGUUCUUUGAAUAGUCAGCUUCACAUGCAAGAUUGGUGCCAAGAUACAGCAUCCUUAAAAUUGGUGAUUUAGUCUGCAAUUUCAGCAAUGAAAAGCUUAGGACAACUUGUCCUUCUUGUAUCUCACUAGUGACUUAGAUGUUCUCCUGUUUAUUUGCUUAUAAUAUUUGUAAUAAAUGUUUACCCCCUUAUUUUUCAUCGGUAAAUAUGUGCUGAGAAUUUCAAGUUUUUUGCUUUUGCCCAUAUAUUUGUACAAGCUUACAUAUUACUUUAGUCAAGUUAUAUUGCUGUGAAUUUCAAGUUACAUUGAUUUUUGCCCAUA